AUCAACUCCGCAGAUAGUUGUAUAGUGUGUAUGUAUAAGAAGUGUGGAAAAACCUUACAUUGAAAUGAUUUGUUAUGACAUUGUUUGACAGAAUCCUCUUUGCGUCACCCAAUUCAGACAGCGAAGUGAGUCGUUCUUACGUGACGUAUAAUCUAGUGGACGGGAUGCUAAGACGAGCAACACGGCUACUUAUUCAUCCACCUCGAUAGCUUGCUAGGCAACAUGAAACCGAAAUAUUGAAGCUCUUUAGGCCAUUCUUGUGUAUAUUAGUCUCGGUGUUUUAAACACAAUUAUGUUAACGUAUCAACUGCUUAAUUGUAACGUCAUUUGCAUGUUAAAUGUGUUAACUUGUUAAGAUUGAUACUGAUCCCGGCACUAGGCUAGUCUCUAAUGCUAACCAGCUAAUGCUAUUUAGCGAACUAAUAUCCCCGACCAUGAGCUCACUAAGCUACUUCUCCCCUGCUAAAGAGGUCUGCUGGACUCAGAAAGAAUCUCUGGGGCUGAACAUUAUCGUAAAAGAGGAUGAUAUUACAGUGAAAGGAGAGGAAGAAGCUUUCAGAAUGAAAAAGGAGGAAGAGGAGGAUAUUAUAGUGAAAGAAGAGAAUGAAACUUUAGGAGUGAAAGAGGAAGAGGGGAUACAGGCUGUCACAGUGGUAAAAGAGGUAGAAUCUUUCAGAAUGAAAAAGGAGGAAGAGGAGGAUAUUAUAGUGAAAGAAGAGAAUGAAACUUUAGGAGUGAAAGAGGAAGAGGGGAUACAGGCUGUCACAGUGGAAGAGGAGGUAGAAGCUUUCAGAAUGAAAAGGGAGGAAGAGGAGGCUGUUUCAGUGAAAGACGAACCUUUUUGGGAGGAAGAGGAGCCUGUCUCAAUAAAAGAGAAGGUUGAAGCCGUUCUGGGAGUGAAAGAGGAGGAGACAGAAGCUCUUAUUAACACCAGAGAGAGACAUGACUAUGGUGGAUCCUCUGGGGAGCCUCAACAACAUCCUGAUGCUGACAAGGCAGAGAAGAGUCUCUCCAGAUCAGAACACCAGAUGGUACAGCUUGGUCUGGACAAGCAAACAGCUUUCUCUAUCGGGCUCUGGGCUGGGUUUCUGUAAAGCACUUCAUGACAACAGUGACAUCAGCAUCC